UCCGUAUUAAGCUAGCUGACAUUACUGGUAAAAGAAACCGGUUUCGUUUUAAGUGAUUUGAGUCCUGUAAAGUUUCUUUCCGUUUCAAGCGCUGAUCAAAGAUGUCUAAACCGAAAUUAAUAGUUUUUGACCUCGAUUACACUCUCUGGCCGUUUUGGGUGGACACUCAUGUCAGAGCACCUUUCCACAUAGAUGACAGCGGCACGGUACGGGAUUCAAGAUUGGCUGAGGUUCCCAUCUACCAGGAUACUGAGAAGAUCCUUAGUUCACUCCACAGUCAGGGAUUUAAGAUCGGCAUUGCAUCACGAACCAGCGAGGUGGAGGGAGCCAAUCAGCUGCUGUCACUCUAUAACCUCAACCAGUACAUUUCCUUCAAAGAGAUCUACCCUGGUUCAAAGGUCAACCACUUUAAAAGGCUGAAGUCUGACAGUGGAGUCCAGUUUUCUGAUAUGAUUUUCUUUGAUGAUGAGGACAGGAACAUCGUAGAGGUCGGCAGGAUGGGAGUUCACUGUGUGUUGGUUCAUAAUGCGAUCAAUUGUGAUUUAGUCAACAAAGCACUCGUGGAGUUCAGCAAGAAGCAGUGACCACCGUCGCAGAGAUGCAGUCAUUUAGUGUUGCUAAUUUAAAGUUGCUGUAAAUGAGGAAGAAUUCAUCACAUGUACAAAAUAAUGAUAUGUAUUCAAUAGUUUCAAGUUUAACUUGUAACUGUACAGCACUUACUAAUUUCAAAACAAGGUCAAUGUUUUUAAAUGUAAAUGUAUGUGACUUUUAAAGUUAUUUUAUACAAAGAGUACAUGGAAAAAAUAAAUGGUUUUAUAUUUU